GUACAUCACGACCCGGAAGCGGAAGUGUCGUCUGUAGCGCGUUGUUUGCCCCGUGUGUGAAGCGUAGACCGGGCAGCCAACGUCGCAAUGGCGGAUGUAACAGCCCGUAGCCUUCAGUACGAGUAUAAGGCGAACUCUAACCUCGUACUUCAAGCAGAUCGAUCGUUGAUUGAUAGAACCCGUCGAGAUGAGCCUACCGGGGAGGUGCUGUCAUUGGUGGGGAAACUGGAUGGGACCCGCAUGGGAGACAAGGCUCAAAAAACCAAGCCACAAAUGCAGGAAGAGAGAAGAGCUAAGAGGAGAAAGAGAGAUGAAGACAGACAUGACAUAAACAAAAUGAAAGGUUUCACCCUUUUGUCAGAAGGAAUUGAUGAAAUGGUGGGAAUUAUAUAUAAACCUAAAACCAAAGAAACUCGUGAGACCUAUGAAGUUCUGCUCAGUUUCAUACAGGCGGCACUGGGAGACCAGCCAAGAGACAUCCUGUGUGGUGCUGCUGAUGAGGUCUUGGCAGUGAUGAAAAAUGACAAGCUGCGGGACAAGGAAAGAAGAAGAGAAAUAGAGCAGCUUCUGGGGCAGACAGAUGACACACGGUACCAUGUGCUUGUAAACUUGGGCAAGAAGAUAACAGAUUACGGGGGCGAUAAGGAAAUUCAAAAUAUGGAUGAUAAUAUAGAUGAGACCUAUGGGGUCAAUGUGCAGUUUGAGUCUGAUGAAGAGGUGGGCGAUGAAGAUGUAUAUGGUGAGGUUAGAGAUGAAGCCUCUGAUGAUGAUAUGGAUGGAGACGAAGCUGUUGUCAGAGGGACACUAUCUGCUAAUCUUGUGACAUCUGGAGAGCUUAUGAGUUCUAAGAAGAAGGAUCUUCAUCCUCGAGACAUUGAUGCUUUUUGGUUGCAGAGGCAGCUUAGCAGGUUUUACGACGAUGCCAUUGUCUCCCAAAAGAAAGCAGAUGAGGUUCUGGAGAUCUUAAAGACUGCUGGAGAUGAUCGUGAAUGUGAAAAUCAGCUAGUCCUGCUGCUAGGAUUCAACACAUUCGAUUUUAUUAAAGUACUGAGACAGCAUCGCAUGAUGAUUCUGUAUUGUACGCUGUUGGCCAGUGCUCAGAGUGAAGCCGAGAAAGAGAGAAUUAUGGGUAAAAUGGAGGCUGACUCAGAAUUAUCCAAAUAUUUGUACCAGCUUCAGGAAACUGAAAAGGAGGACCUGAUUCGGGAGGAGCGCACCCGCAGAGAAAGGGUGAGACAGUCACGUGUGGACACAGACUUAGAAAGCAUGGAGAUGGAGCAAGGUGGGGAGUCUUUCACUCCACGUCAAGUCUUGGACCUUGAGGACUUGGUGUUUGCACAAGGUAGUCACUUCAUGGCAAACAAGCGUUGCCAGCUUCCUGAUGGCUCUUUUAGACGACAAAGAAAAGGUUAUGAGGAGGUUCAUGUACCUGCACUAAAACCCAAACCCUUUGCAGCUGAUGAGCAACUUGUGCCUAUUGAAAAACUUCCAAAAUAUGCCCAGGCUGGAUUUGAUGGAUUUAAAACUUUAAACAGGAUACAGAGCAAACUUUUCAAAGCUGCACUAGAAACAGAUGAGAAUCUCCUGCUUUGUGCCCCCACUGGUGCUGGUAAAACAAAUGUAGCUCUCAUGUGCAUGUUGAGGGAGAUUGGGAAACACAUUAACAUGGAUGGCACCAUCAAUGUUGACAACUUCAAAAUUAUCUACAUUGCUCCCAUGCGGUCUUUGGUACAAGAAAUGGUGGGCAGUUUUAGCAAGAGAUUAUCUACAUAUGGAAUCACUGUGGCGGAGUUGACAGGUGAUCAUCAAUUGUGUAAAGAGGAGAUUAAUGCAACCCAGAUUAUUGUCUGUACACCAGAGAAGUGGGAUAUCAUCACCCGUAAAGGAGGCGAGAGAACUUACACUCAGCUUGUUCGUCUGAUUAUCCUGGAUGAAGUACACCUCCUCCAUGAUGACAGAGGUCCUGUGUUGGAAUCUCUAGUUGCCCGAGCUAUCCGUAACAUUGAGAUGACCCAAGAAGAUGUGAGGUUGGUGGGUCUUAGUGCCACACUACCAAACUAUGAAGAUGUAGCUACUUUCCUUCGUGUGGAUCCAGCUAAAGGGCUCUUCUAUUUUGACAACAGUUUUCGUCCAGUUCCUCUGGAGCAAACAUAUGUUGGGAUUACAGAAAAGAAAGCUAUCAAACGUUUUCAGAUCAUGAAUGAGAUUGUUUAUGAGAAGAUUAUGGAGCAUGCUGGGAAAAACCAGGUACUGGUUUUUGUUCACUCCAGGAAAGAAACUGGUAAAACCUCCCGUGCCAUCAGAGAUAUGUGCCUGGAGAAGGAUACAUUAGGUCUGUUCCUCCGUGAGGGUUCUGCAUCUACUGAGGUGCUGCGUACAGAGGCCGAACAAUGCAAAAACCUGGAAUUGAAGGAUCUCUUGCCAUAUGGAUUUGCUAUUCAUCAUGCUGGUAUGACUCGUGUCGACAGGACCCUGGUGGAGGAUCUGUUUGCUGAUAAGCACAUUCAGGUUUUGGUCUCCACAGCCACGCUGGCCUGGGGUGUGAAUCUUCCAGCUCACACAGUCAUCAUUAAAGGGACUCAGGUUUACAGCCCAGAAAAGGGCAGAUGGACUGAGCUGGGAGCCCUAGAUAUCUUGCAAAUGCUGGGUAGAGCUGGGCGUCCUCAGUAUGACACAAAAGGUGAAGGUAUCCUCAUUACAUCACACGGGGAACUGCAGUAUUAUCUCUCUCUCCUCAAUCAGCAGCUGCCCAUUGAGAGUCAGAUGGUGGCCAAACUCCCAGACAUGCUAAAUGCAGAGGUGGUCCUUGGAAAUGUUCAAAAUGCAAAGGAUGCUGUGAACUGGCUCGGUUACACUUAUCUAUACAUACGUAUGCUUCGUUCACCCAAUCUCUAUGGAAUUUCCCACGAUGAUGUAAAAUCUGAUCCCUUACUGGAGCAAAGACGCUUAGACUUAAUCCACACAGCAGCUCUUAUGUUGGACAAAAACAAUUUGGUCAAAUAUGACAAGAAGACUGGCAAUUUCCAGGUCACUGAACUGGGUCGUAUUGCUAGCCACUACUAUAUUACCAAUGAAUCCGUGCAGACUUACAACCAGCUUCUGAAGCCAACUCUCAGUGAAAUUGAACUGUUCCGUGUGUUCUCCUUGUCCUCAGAGUUUAAGAACAUUACAGUCAGAGAGGAAGAGAAAUUAGAAUUACAGAAGCUUUUGGAAAGGGUUCCAAUUCCUGUGAAAGAGAGUAUUGAGGAGCCAAGUGCAAAGAUUAAUGUUUUACUCCAAGCUUACAUCUCCCAGCUGAAACUGGAAGGAUUUGCACUGAUGGCAGACAUGGUGUAUGUGACACAGUCUGCAGGGCGUCUAAUGCGAGCAAUAUUUGAAGUUGUAUUAAACAGAGGAUGGGCACAGCUUACUGACAAAACCCUGAAUCUCUGCAAGAUGAUAGAUAAGAGGAUGUGGCAGUCCAUGUGUCCCCUUCGUCAAUUCAGAAAGCUUCCAGAGGAAGUGGUUAAGAAGAUUGAGAAGAAAAACUUUCCAUUUGAACGUCUGUAUGACUUGAAUCAUAAUGAGAUAGGUGAGCUGAUCCGUAUGCCCAAGAUGGGGAAAACUAUCCAUAAAUAUGUGCACUUAUUCCCAAAGCUGGACCUGUCCGUGCACUUACAGCCAAUAACUCGCUCCACAUUGAAAGUGGAGUUGACCGUAACCCCUGACUUCCAGUGGGAUGAGAAGGUCCAUGGUUCUUCUGAAGCUUUUUGGAUAUUAGUAGAAGAUGUGGACAGUGAAGUGAUUUUGCAUCAUGAAUAUUUUCUUCUCAAAGCCAAAUACGCCCAGGAUGAGCAUCUUGUCACUUUCUUUGUACCUGUGUUCGAGCCGUUGCCUCCUCAGUACUUUAUUAGGGUAGUGUCGGAUCGCUGGCUUUCCUGUGAAACGCAACUUCCUGUCUCUUUCCGUCACUUAAUACUGCCUGAGAAAUACCCACCUCCCACAGAACUACUGGAUUUGCAGCCACUUCCUGUUUCUGCUUUGAGAAACAGCGCUUUUGAGAGCCUUUACCAAGACAAAUUUCCCUUCUUUAACCCUAUUCAGACUCAGGUAUUCAACACUGUGUAUAACAGCGAUGACAACGUCUUUGUGGGAGCUCCUACAGGUAGUGGGAAGACUAUCUGUGCCGAGUUUGCCAUUCUUCGUAUGCUGUUGCAGAACUCAGAAGGUCGCUGUGUUUACAUCACUCCCAUGGAGGCUCUGGCUGAACAGGUGUUUAUGGAUUGGUUUGAGAAGUUCCAGGACAGACUGUAUAAGAAGGUUGUCUUGCUGACUGGUGAAACCAGCACUGAUCUGAAGCUUCUUGGAAAAGGGAACAUUAUCAUCAGCACACCAGAGAAGUGGGACAUCUUAUCUAGACGCUGGAAGCAACGUAAAAAUGUUCAAAAUGUCAGCCUCUUCAUUGUAGAUGAGACUCAUCUCAUUGGUGGAGCCAACGGGCCUGUGUUGGAGGUUAUCUGCUCCCGUAUGCGCUACAUCUCCUCCCAGAUUGAAAGGCCAAUCCGCAUUGUGGCUCUCAGCUCCUCUCUAUCUAAUGCCAAAGAUGUGGCUCACUGGCUUGGAUGCAGUGCUACAGCAACUUUUAAUUUCCACCCUAAUGUGAGGCCUGUACCCCUGGAGCUACACAUACAGGGUUUUAAUAUCAGUCACACACAAACCAGACUGCUCUCCAUGGCCAAGCCAGUUUACCACGCCAUUGUGAAGCACUCGCCUAAAAAGCCCAUCAUUGUCUUUGUCCCAUCUCGGAAGCAGACGCGGCUCACAGCUAUUGAUAUACUUACCACAUGCGCCUCUGAUGUUCAACGUCAAAGGUUUCUUCACUGUACAGAAAAAGAUAUGGCACCUUACCUGGAGAAACUUAGUGACAGCACGUUGAAAGAGACCCUUCUGAAUGGUGUGGGAUAUCUGCACGAGGGACUCUCUUCUUUAGAGAGGCGCAUUGUGGAACAGCUGUUUAAUUCCGGGGCCGUGCAGGUGAUUGUAGCUUCUCGCAGCCUUUGCUGGGGUCUGAACAUUUCUGCUCAUCUGGUUAUUAUCAUGGACACUCAGUAUUACAAUGGAAAGAUUCAUGCGUAUGUGGAUUAUCCUAUCUAUGAUGUUCUUCAAAUGGUGGGGUAUGCAAACCGACCUUUGCAAGAUGAUGAAGGCCGAUGUGUUAUAAUGUGUCAAGGAUCAAAGAAGGACUUUUUUAAGAAAUUCCUGUAUGAGCCUCUGCCGGUUGAAUCUCAUUUGGAUCACUGCUUACACGACCAUUUCAAUGCAGAGAUUGUCACAAAGACCAUAGAAAACAAACAGGACGCAGUAGACUACUUGACCUGGACCUUCCUGUACAGGCGGAUGACACAGAAUCCUAACUACUACAACCUGCAGGGGGUGUCUCACAGACAUCUAUCAGACCAUCUAUCGGAACUGGUUGAACAGACGCUCAGCGACUUGGAACAGUCCAAAUGCAUCAGCAUUGAAGAUGAAAUGGAUGUUGCUCCUCUUAAUCUGGGCAUGAUAGCAGCUUAUUAUUACAUCAACUACACCACUAUAGAAUUGUUUAGCAUGUCCUUGAAUGCCAAGACCAAGGUGAGGGGAUUAAUAGAAAUCAUCUCUAAUGCAGCGGAGUACGAAAGCAUACCUAUCCGCCAUCGUGAAGAUAACUUGCUGCGCCAGCUGGCACAGAAAGUUCCUCACAAGCUUACUAAUCCCAAGUUCAAUGACCCCCAUGUGAAGACCAACCUGCUACUUCAGGCUCACCUCUCCAGAAUGCAACUGAGCGCAGAGCUGCAGUCAGACACAGAGGAGAUUCUUAGUAAGGCAAUCCGGCUCAUCCAGGCUUGUGUGGAUGUGCUCUCCAGUAAUGGUUGGCUAAGUCCAGCUCUUGCUGCUAUGGAAUUGGCACAAAUGGUCACCCAAGCCAUGUGGUCUAAGGACUCCUAUCUGAAGCAGUUGCCACAUUUCACUAUUGAACAUAUAAAGAGGUGUACUGAUAAGGGAGUGGAGAGUGUGUUCGAUAUUAUGGAGAUGGAGGAUGAGGAUCGUACAGAGCUGCUGCAACUCUCAGAUAGCCAGAUGGCUGACGUGGCCAGAUUCUGCAACCGUUAUCCCAAUAUCGAACUCUCUUAUGAAGUGGCAGAUAAGGAAUCGAUUAGGAGUGGUGGAGCUGUGGUGGUACUUGUGCAGCUAGAACGAGAAGAGGAAGUUACAGGACCUGUUAUUGCUCCUCUCUUCCCUCAGAAACGUGAAGAGGGCUGGUGGGUUGUCAUUGGAGAUGCUAAAUCAAACAGCCUGAUUUCCAUCAAGAGACUGACACUUCAACAGAAGGCCAAGGUGAAGUUGGAUUUUGUGGCUCCAGCUACAGGGACUCACAACUACACCCUUUACUUCAUGAGCGACGCUUACAUGGGCUGUGACCAGGAGUACAAGUUUAGUGUAGAUAUAAAGGAAGCUGAAAGUGACAGCGACUCUGAUUAAAACUUUACCAUUUCAAGGGGGUUGAUAAUAGUCCAUCUCAAUUUCUAAGUUACUUAACAAUUGAAAUGAAGCAACUGUUCACGAUUUCUUGUAGACAAUGUUAUUGUAAAUAGGAGCUGUUAAAUGUGAUACUUGGAAACAGUGUGACACCAGUGAAUAUGUAAUGAGAAGCACAGCAGGGAAGUUAUGUAAUGACGGAGAAAAAUCUUUAAAAGUAAUGUUCCUGUUUUGUCAAUUCACUAGUUUAUAAAA